AUGCUAGGCACUGCGCUACCUGGGCGAACGCUCGGUGACGAGAAACUUGUUCCCACAGGACUCCCCCUUUUUACCGCAUCCUAUGUGCCCAUCUUCGCUGUGGUAGGCCUUCUCCUGUACUUGUUCUACAAAUGGGCUCUACCUAAGCCGAUUCCCGGAAUCCCAUACAAUGUGGAAGCGACGAAGCAUAUACUGGGAGACAUCCCCUCCGUGCAAGAAGCGAUGAAACGCACCGGCGAGUUCAACGCAUGGAUCAACGAGCAGACGGACAAAUUCGCAGAUACACCAAUCUUCCAGGUCUUCAUUCGUCCCCUCGGCAAGCCGCUGUUGAUCCUCUCCGACUUUAGGGAAGCUCAAGACAUUCUCUUGCGACGAAAGGAAUUUGACCGGUCGUCGCUCGACGCCGACCUCCUCGAGGGCGCCGGACGCAACCACCACAUCCAUUUAAAGACUGGCGACAAGUGGAAGAGGCACCGCAGGCUUCUGCAGGACCUCAUGUCGCCUCAAUUCCUCAACGAGGUGGCGGCCCCGACCGUCUACGCGGGGGCCUCGCGGCUCAUCCAGCUCUGGAACAACAAGGCGCGGAUCGCAGAGGGGCGGCCGUUCUCUGCGGAGUCGGAUAUCUACUAUGGUUCUCUGGACGCCGUCUUGACGUUUACGUUUGGCAGCAGCUUUGCCAGCAGCGCGCUGCGCCCGACGUCGGAUCUUAUACAGGGGCUGGGUGCGGAGGAUAUCAGGCGUUUGCGAGGGUCGACUCUCAGUAGCGACGCGCCCUUGGAAUUUCCAACGGGCGAUUGCGACGAAAAGAUACACGCGACGCUUGGUGUGGCAGACUCUAUCGAGUACCUGCAAGGCUCGCCGAUUCCGAGAAUAAAGUGGUGGUUUGUCGAGAAACUCCCCUCGCUACGUCGCGUCUUCAACGUCAAGAGGAAAUACACGCGGGAGGAGAUCGACAAGGCGCUAAAGAGGUUAAAAGAGGUCGGGGACGAGCAGUCCAAACUUUUGUCCGCUGUAGAGUUGAUCGUCCUCCGGGAAAAAAAGCUAGCGGAGAGCGAAGGGCGGGCGCCAGACUUUUUCUCCGAAAUCAUAGUCGACGAGAUCUUUGGCGUAGUUGUCGCGGGACACGACACAACCAGCACGACCAUGUGCUGGGGUCUCAAACUCUUCGCAGAUAACCCCCAACGGCAGACCAACCUGCGCGAGGCACUCCGAGCCGCUUUCCCCGACGCCGCCGCCGAGAAACGCAGUCCGACCGUCAAGGAGAUUACAGGGAACACCAUAAAGGUUCCGUACCUUGACGCUGCUGUAGAAGAAAUUCUCCGCUGCGGCGGCGCUACGCCGCUCGUCGACCGCGAGGCGACCUGCGAUACCGAGCUGUUGGGACACCAUAUCCCCAAGGGGACUGUCGUGAUGUGCCUCAACAAGAGCCACAGCAUGAUGAAGCCCGCGUGCAACGUUGAUGAAUCGCUUCGCAGCCAGAGCAGCCAGAGCGCAAAAGCCCGGGCCUGGGAUGACGCGGAUAUCGGGCACUUCAAGCCGGAACGGUGGCUCGUCGAGUCAUUCAGCACGCCGGGCGGGGUCGAGUUUGAUCAGCAGGCGGGUCCUCAGCUCGCUUUUGGGCUGGGAACUCGCGGUUGCUUCGGGAGGAGGUUGGGGUACUUGGAGUUGCGGAUUAUUCUGGCGCUGAUUGUGUGGAACUUUCAGCUUCUUCCGUGCCCGAGGGAGUUGUCUGGCUAUGGUGCAAAGGAAGGUUUGACGUACAAGCCGAAGGACUGCUACGUACGCCUACUGGCUCUUGGGGAUAGAUGA